AUCCUAGGACACAUCAGACAUUUUGUAAGGAUGCCUGAAAUAAAUAAUGACCACCUUGAUGGGAAACAGGUUCAACUCCUGGCAGAGAUGUGUAUUCUUAUUGAUGAAAAUGACAAUAAAAUUGGGGCUGAGACCAAGAAGAAUUGUGAUCUGAAUGAAAACAUUGAGAAAGGAUUGUUGCAUCAAGCUUUUAGUGUCUUCUUAUUCAACAGUGAGAAUAAGCUCCUGCUACAACAGAGAUCAGAUGCUAAAAUUACCUUUCCAGGUUGUUUUACCAAUACUUGCUGUAGUCAUCCAUUAAGUAACCCAGGCAAGCUUGAAGAGAACGAUGCCAUUGAAGUAAAACAAGCAGCACAGAGGCAUUUACAAUCUGAGUUAGGAAUUCCCAUGGAAGAGGUUCCACCAGAAGAAAUUAAUUCUACACGAAUGUACUACAAAGCUCAGUCUGAUGGUAUCUGGGGUGAACACAAAAUUGACUACAUCUUGUUUGUGAGGAAGAAUGUAACUUUGAAUCCAGAUCCUGGUGAAAUUAAAAGCUACUGUUCCAUGUCAAAGGAAGAACUGCAGGAACUUCUGAAAAAAGCAGCCCUUGGUGAAGUUAAGCUAACUCCAUGGUUUAAAAUUAUUGCAGAUAAUUUUCUGUUUAAAUGGUGGGAUAACUUAAAUCAUUUAAAUCAGUUUGUUGACCAUGAAAAAAUUUUAUAGAAUGUGAAAGCAUAGAUGAGUGAUUACUGAAAAUAUUCUCUACUUAGUAAAUUUAGAAUGGUUUUUGUUUUAAAUUUGGUUCCUUUAGGAGAACUUUCAUAUGAUACUUUAUA